CCGCCGGGCGCGCCCCCGCCGCGCGCCGCCGCGGUUGCCAGGGGGGACGGCGGCGCCGCCGCCGCCAUGUCGGACCUGGACUCCGAGGAGGCCGAGGAGGCCGAGCCCGAUCUGGGGGAGUACGAAGGCGAACGCAAUGCAGAAGGUGAGAGACAUGGGCGUGGAAAAGCACGUCUGCCCAAUGGUGACACAUACGAGGGAGAGUAUGAGCAUGGUUUGAGAAGUGGGCAGGGGACCUACAGAUUUAAAAAUGGUGCUUUCUACACUGGAGGAUAUCUUCAAAACAAAAAGCAUGGCCAUGGUGUUUUUUAUUAUCCAGAUGGGUCAAAAUACGAAGGAUCCUGGGUGAAUGACCAGAGACAUGGCUAUGGAAAGUACACGUAUCCAAAUGGAGACACCUAUUCUGGAGAAUGGUUAAACCACAAUAGGCACGGGCAAGGCACAUAUCUCUAUAAUGACACAAGAUCUAAGUAUGUUGGUGGCUGGGUAGAUGGAAACCAGGAAGGAGAAGCUGAACUUAUCCACCUAAACCAUAGAUAUCUCGGCAUGUUUUUGAAUGGAAAUCCUGUAGGUUAUGGCAAAUACAUCUUUGAUAUUGGAUGUGAACAGCAUGGUGAAUACAUACAACCAGAACAGGAUAGAGGAGAGGAAGAAGAAGAGGAAGUACCGUUAUUACUGGUUGCACCAAAAUGGAAAGCAUCAACAAUUGCCAAAUUAGCACUCUGGGCUCCUCAGGGGGAAAAUCUACCUUCUCGCAAAGAACCUCCCCCAGUGGCGGUAGUAACAGCAGAAGCAGUGGAAGAAGGAGGAGCAACAGCAGCAGUAAUUGAAGAAACAGCACCAGUAACUGAAGAAACAGCACCAGUAACUGAAGAGGAGAAAAUACCAGUCACUGACGAGCCUGCUGAGGUUAAGGCUGAUGAGCCGCCUCCUAUUAAUGAAGUACCCAGUGAAGAUUUUAGCCCAGCACAGGAUGCAGGAGAGGAAGAUAAGAAAGGUAUAGAGGCAGAUGAGGGAAGCAGAGAGGAAGAAGAACAAAAAGAUCAGGAGGAUGAAGGAACUUCUACUUGAGGAUACUACUAGUGUAGACAAUAAGGAGGAUGAAUCAAACGCCAAGUAAUGGAAUACAACUAAAGACAAAGAGCCAUAUAAAGGAAAUUUAAGAGUGAAUUAUUUUUUAUGGUAAACCAUUUUUGAUGGUAAAUUUUUAUUCAUAAAAGGCUAAGUUACAAUGCUUUGAAUAAACCUUUUGGUCACUGUUCUGUCUGAAAUAA